UGGCGCCAGUCGCUACACAUGCCGGCCGUCCGCCGAUUGCUCGCCGCGCUGCUGGCGCUCGCAGCAACGGCUGGAGUGCAACCUGAAUGGGUGAUUGGUCCGUGCACCCUGGAGUUGUCCACCAACUGCAGCAGCAAUGUCGUCUUCUACCUCUUUCACAGCGAGCACCCGGACGAGCCGGUGGAGCUGCGCCUGGAAGACGGCGAGCAGCGGCUGGACGGCGUCUUCGACCCGCGCCGCCCCACCAAGGUGAUCGUGCACGGCUACGUGGGCGGCGUCGACUUCAACGUCACCAAGAUGGUCCGACAAGCAUACCUGCGCGCGGGCGGUCUGAACGUGCUGGUGGUGGACUGGGGCUACCUGGCGCCGUCUCCUUGCUACCUGGCCGCCGUGCUCAACACGCUGCACGCAGGACGCUGCCUCGCCGCCAUGCUGCAGCGGCUCCAGCGUAUCCACGGCGGCGGCGGCGGCGCCCCCCUGGACGUGCACCUGGUGGGCCACAGCCUGGGGGCGCACAUCUCCGCCUUCGCCAGCAACCACCUGCUGGACGCCACGGGCUCCAGGGUCCGCAGGAUCACAGGGCUGGACCCGGCGCUGCCGUUCUUCGCGACGCUCAAGUCCUCCUGGAAGCUGGACCCCAGCGACGCCGACUUCGUGGACGCCAUCCACACCAACGCCGGCGUCUUCGGCAAGAUCGAGCCGUCGGGCCACGCAGACUUCUACGUCAACGGCGGCACACAUCAGCCCGCAUGCCGAGAAGCGCGCAAUGAGCCAGUGUGCUCGCACCUCAUGUCGGCGGUGUACUUCGCAGAGUCGGUGGAGAGUGCUGCGGGCUUUUGGGGUUUGCCGUGCCCAUCCUACUGGCAGCACACUCUGGGCUGGUGCCCGGAUGGUGAGCAGGCACGCAAGCAGGCUGUCCUCAUGGGCGAGCACUGCCCCACAGGGACCCGAGGGGUAUUCAUUGUGGAGACAGCGGAAACACCACCUUUCGCAUUGGGAAACCAGCCGGCAACAACUAUGACAACAGUGGCACCAGAGACAGCAGCUGACACUGACUACAUAGCACAAUCCUAGCACUGUGACACCAUCCUGCAUUUGAGAACUUAAUCUGAUAAGACAUUGUGUUCCACCAGCAGAUAUGCUAUAUUGGUCUUCUUGUGACAGUGAGAUGUGGCAAGCUAACAGAAACAGAAGUAGCAUCAACAUAGCCAAUAGAGGGAAAGCACUUUUCUCUUUUACCAUGUUGUAAAGGUUUAUUUCUUCUAAUGUCUCAUAAUUUCCAUCCUCACCUCUCAAAUCCUUACUUCUCCUUUUUAGUUUUCUACUAUCUGUGCUCCCCCUACACAUAAAAUGCAGCAAAAAAGGAUUGUCAGGACUAACAAUACACAAUAGCCAAAUGAAACAACCUUACACUGAUUAUUUAUAAUUUGUAAAUACAUGAUCUUCUUUUUCAUCCCCAGUGUUUGUCCCUCAAUGUACAGAAGUCUGCCUUUUUUGCUCUCUAGCUCCAGUUGGCAUAAUCUUGAGCUUUGUCUUGGUGGAGACUCACUGGAGGAUAUCUAGCCAACAUUGUCUUAGUAUUCCCAUAGGUCAUUUACCAUUGACUUUCAAUGAAAACCAAAGAUUUACUAUUGUUUCUUGAUCUACUUGAAGAAAGUGUCCAUAUCACCAUUGACAUCUUUCUCCCAUCUUCUCAACAGGGUGCAUUCGGUACUGACUGUGAAUUUAAUCUUUGGUCACACAAUCAUGAAGUGUCAAUACACAGUCACCAGUCAUUUUUGAUAGAUCUGUCAUGUAAUUCAUUAUGGUAUUUAAAAUGCAUUUAAAGAUGCAAUAUUUUAUUCACCUGUAAUUCCUUUAUCUCUUUAGGUUAUCAGUCUUCUGUGUCCUGCCACAAUCUCUUCUUCUGUGCCAGUCUCUUAAUCUCAGCACCUGAACCGAACAUCCUCAAUUACACAUUAUAUGUAUUCCAGUCUCUGUCUUCCAGUAAACAAUUUUUCCUCUAUAGCGCCCUCUGGAAUCAUUCACAUUAUACUCUGAUAUCUUAACACAUGCCCUGUCAUCCUGAUCUUAGUGUUUUCCAUACACUCCUCUCUUUAUCACUUCUGUGGAGAAUCUCCUCAUUUCUUAUCCUAACAGUCUACUCCAUUUUCAGCAUCCUUUCGUAACAUCAUGUACCAAAUGAUUGGAUUCUUUUCUUUCCCAAUUUUAUUACAGCCAACAAUUCAUUUCUAUGCUUUAUAAUACCUCUGAGUGACACUCUCAGAAAUUUCUUUCUCAAGUUAACACCUAGGUUUCAUACUAACAGACUUAUUUUAUGGAUAAUGCUCUUUUUUUCUUGUGCUCAUUUGCUACUUAAAUCCUCAUUGCAUUAUUCAUCAUGUUUCCAAGGAAGCAAAGUUUCUUUACUUUGUCUACAGUGAGACAUGUUCCAUGCUGAUUUACCCUUUAUUACUCUCUCUUUCUCUCUCUCUCUCUCUCUCUCUCUCUCUCUCUCACUCACUCACUCACUCACUCACUAAGAAUCUAUAUGCCUCAGUAGACACUUGCAUUACCUCAAUAUAGUCUCCAUUAAGCUGCACACAUUUGCAUCACUGAUAUAGGUCCUCUGUAGGCCCUCCUAGGGGUAUGUUGCACCCACCACAGGUCAGCUGCUAGCUGUUCCCGGGCAUUUGUGAAAUGGUGUCCAUUCUGAGGUAUCUUUGUGGCCCCAUUCUGGCCAUUUCUUUUUAAUUGCAUAAUGUGACCUCCAAAGGGUCUCAUUGUGCAUUCCAAAAGAAAUGGCCUGGAAAAUGGGUGAAGUGAAUGCUCUUUCAGCACAAUAACAUUCAUCCCCAUAUGACUGGAACAAUCACAGCUGUCAUUGUUGACAUGAGGUUCUAGGUGCUGCCACACUCUCCAUAUUCUCCUGACUUGUCCAUUAUGAUUACCAACUAUUCAAUGCUACAAAGAAACUGCUGCAUGGACAUCAUUUCACAGAUGUUCAAAAGUGUGAGCAGCUGUCUGACGGUGGAUGUGACAGACUCCAAAAACAUGAUUCAAAGAUGUCCAACACAUAAAGGUUUUUAAUAAGCAUAAAAAUAGUGUAAAUCAGUGUAGAAUGCCCCUCAAACAUGGUCCCAAAUUUCAAUAUAGUUUGUCAGUGAUUCAACAUCUGCUGCUCCAUCAUACUUUCAUCUUUUUGUUUUAUUCUUGAUCCUUGUUCUUCUUACUUUAACUGUUCAUUCCAUUAAACAGGCCUUGUAAUUCUCCCUCACCUUAACAGAGAGUAAAAAUAUUGUCACAAAGUUUUAUUAUUGACAUUCUUUCACCCCGAAUUUUAAUCUACUUCUGAAUCCUUAUUUUAUUUCCUUCAUUGCUUUUUUUUGUAUAUAGGUUAUGCAGCUGUGAAGGAAGACUGUGUACCUGGCUUAUGCCCUUUUUAAUCUGAAUGCUUCUCUCUUUGUCCCAUAUUCAUAUGCCAUAACUGAUUACAAAAACACCUAAUGAAAAUAUGAAGCAUGUUUUAGGAUUCCACUGACAAGUUUUAAGUAUGAAAGCCUCCACACACAAGCUCAUGAACCAAUGCUUCAUGAGUUAUGUACAUAAGGUGACUGUAAAGUUCUGAGAAUGAAUAAUGAGAAUUGUGCGUUUAUUAUGUUUCAUUAAAGACAUAUUCAGAUAAAGUCACAACAGGUGUUCAAAAUGUUUUCUCUGAAACUCAUCACGUAAUUGUUACUUUUGCUGCAAUCCUCUAUCGAGGAUAGCAGGAUUCUGUUUCAUGUCAUCAAGUGCAUGGCUGAUUUGUGAAAUCAAUCAGCUAUGGUGACAAUAGGAGUAAUGUAAACUACUGUUUUGACAGCCACCAAAGAAUUGAAUCAAGAUACAAUAAAUCAGGUGAAGAUACUGGCCAGGUAACAGAUCCUGCUUGACUUUCCCAUUGUUCCUAAAGUUUACAGUUAGUUGUUCUCACACAUCAGCAAUAGAAAGAGAGAUAGCUGUGCAAAGAAAGUGGUAUUGUGACCAGCUGUUUUGUAAUUGUGGUGUGCAGACUCUUGUAGUAAGGUUCUCCAGUUAAAUAGGGCUGAAAGAAGAACACUACCAAAAAUCUUUAUGAAAAUCUUUGUUAGUGAUAACAAACAGUAAUUUACACAUAGGAUCUCAUUCUCCAACUUACAACCAUCCUGUUAAAAUAGCUGACUACUACAAAUUAUGCCUCUUCUGUGAAUAAUAGUAUUGCUCGAAAGCCAACACCAUUACCAUUAUUUUGAUGAAAAAACAAAUGCAUGAAUGCCACACCAGGUUUGUAGUUGGAUCAUCCUAAUGUGACACAAUAUAGGUUACACUCUUGAAGACCCUCUAAAUAGUUAUAUGAUCUAUGCCCAUAAUGUUUUACAAAGUGAUGAAGUGGCUAAGAGGUUUGACUGAUAUGAAACUUCCUGGCAGAUUAAAAAUGUGUGCCGGACCGAGACUUGAACUCAGGACCUUUGGCUUUCGCAGGCAAGUGCUCUACCAUCGCAGGAGAGAUUCUGUGAAGUUUGGAAAGUAGGAUAUGAGGUACUGGUGGAAGUAAAGCUGUGAGGAUGGGGCAUGAGUCAUGUUUGGGUAGAUCAGAUUGUAGAGCACUUGCCCACAGAAGGCAAAGGUCCUGAGUUUGAGUCUCGGUCCGGCAUACAGUUUUAAUCUGUCAGGAAGUUUCAUGGGUCAAGUCACCAUCCAGUCAGCCAGAUUAAAUUGUUUAAGGCAAAUGUUGUGAUGGUCCCUUUGAGAAAUACACUGUUGAUUUCCUCUCCUUUCAAUGUCCUGUAUAAGCUUUUGCUCCAACUCUGAUAACAUGAAGAUGGCCAAGAUGUUAAAUUCUAAUCUUCCUUUAUCAGUGCACCAAUUGCUUGUGCUACAGCAUGCAUACCAGUUGGAACUGCAUUGCUAAAGCUAGCUAUCAAAAUCUAGUGUUAUCACAGCAUCUUUGCCACUGCCAAGAUGCCUAGCGUGAAGACUAUCAGUUUUGCAAAGGUGUUGAAAAGUAUAACAGUUGCACUGCAUUCAAGAAGCCAGUCGAUGUACUUGCAACAAGAAUAUCUUCAAUUACCUCUUAUCUAAUCAUGAUGCAUUCCCAUACCAGUGAGAUAACAGUUCAUAAAAAAAUGGUUCAAAUGGCUCUGAGCACUAUGGGACUCAACUGCUGAGGUCAUUAGUCCCCUAGAACUUAGAACUAGUUAAACCUAACUAACCUAAGGACAUCACAAACAUCCAUGCCCGAGGCAGGAUUCGAACCUGCGACUGUAGCGGUCUUGCAGUUCCAGACUGCAGCGCCUUUAACGCACGGCCACUUCGGCCGGUUGACAGUUCAUAAGCUGAGUGAAUACACAACCCCAAAACCAAACAACUGGUAAGGCACAGUUGAGGUUUAGAAGCAGAACAACUCACGACAAGCUGGCUGUGAUUAGUUUUGUGCCAUUAUCAAGGCACUACAAUCAUGCUCAUAACUUACAGGAAAGAGGGUAUGCUUGUUAAUUAAAAAAAAAAAUUGUACACUUAUUAAUAAAAAAAAUGUACAUGUGCUCUAUUGUUUAAUAUAAGAUACUGAAACUUUCAUUACAAACUCCUACAAUUUGUAUUUAGCCUUAAAUGGAAAGAAUUUUAUAAAAUAAUGUAUGGUGGAAAAUUUUAUAAAACAAGAUUAUCUCAGUUAUUUAAAUCUUCCUCAUCUGCCAUGUAUAGAACUGCUGGUACCAAAAUUAAAUUUAGACCAACCAACACUUCAUUGAUAAGGGUUAAUGGAAUUAUACAGAGUUCACGCCUGUAAUGAAAAACAAAUUAAUAUUCAUAAAUGCAAGAGUGAAGUUAUUAUUUCUUGUAACUAUCUCAAUUUCAGAUACAUAAACAGGAGGUUGGAUUAGCAGCAGAAAUAUCAAGCAGUAUAUAACUUCUAAAGCAUAGCUAUGUACCACUGCACAUGAUCAUCGAUAAUGGAUAAAUGAUACCUAGCUUAACUUAUGGUCACAUAUAUUUAAAAGGCUAUGUUGUACAAUAUUGUAACACUAAUAAAUGAAAUUUGUGGUUCAAAAUGUAUUCUGUUCAAUAAACUGAAUAAGUGAGUUA